UCACUUGCUCAGCGGCUGACAUUCUUCUUGCCAUUUCCCCCAUGACUCUGGCUUCCCUCUGUCUCGUGGCGUGAUGGCAUCUCCAAGGCUUGAAACCUUCUGCUGCUCUAACAGAGACACAUCCACCGACUUCAUCGUCAGCUUCCAGGAUCAUUUUUUCAGCGCGAUUUGCAUUGGCAGUGGCAGCGUCAGCCUCAUUUUUUCCGUCCUGCAGAUUUUGCCAAAAAGGAAGGGCUACAGGCACCUGGGACAGCAUCCGCUCUCCAAGCCUGCAUCCUCACCAAGAAUACUGCUCAUUAUCAGCCUGUGUGAUAUUCUGGGAUGUGCAGGUGUCAUUUUCAGGUCGUCCAUAUGGUUGGGCCUCCCCGACCUUGUGAGCCAAAUCUCUGUCACCCCAGGCUCUGGUGUCUGGCCAGAGGCGUUCUGUGUGGGCAGUGCUAUGUGGAUCCAGCUGUUUUUUAGCGCCUCCUUCUGGUGGACUUUCUGCUACGCGGUGGAUGUUUAUCUAGUGGUGAAAAGAUCUGCUGGAAUUAGCACCAUUGUCUUGUACCACAUGAUUACUUGGGGCCUGGCCGUGAUGCUGUGUGUGGAAGGAGUGGCUAUGCUUUACUAUCCCUCCAUUUAUAACUGUGAGAAUGGCCUACAGCAUGCCAUCCCUCAUUACAUCACCACCUAUGCACCUCUGCUGUUGGUCCUCUUAGUCAAUCCCGUCCUUUUCACCAGGACCGUAUCAACUGUUACAUCAUUACUAAAGAGCCGUCAAGGAAUCUAUACCGAAAAUGAGAGGCGCCUAGGAAUGGAGAUCAAAAUACGAUUUUUCAAAAUCAUGUUGGUUUUCAGCGUGUGCUGGCUGCCUAACGUCGUAAAUGAGGGUCUGCUCUUUUACUUGGAGAUGCAGGACGAUAUUAAAGCUGGGCAUCUGAAGAAUGUGCGGAAUGCUGCCCUCAUCACGUGGUUCAUCAUGGGUAUCCUAAACCCCAUGCAGAGCUUCCUCAAUACUCUGGCCUUCCAUGGAUGGACUGGCUGUGAUGUUGACCUGAGGAUACAGCGGGCUGCAGAGGUCUCCUGGGACUCGACCUCCACCUCAGUACCCGGUGCAGGGGCAUACAAUGCUGUGCGGGGCUCCACCAUGCACUACGAGAGUCACGUGCAGGAGAACAAGAAGAUCAUCAUCAGUGGGCAGCAGCAUUCGGAUGCAGUUACUAUACUUUCAGAAGGUUCAGAUUCUAGUACUACUGAAGUCCACGUUUCCAGUGAGCUGCGAGACUAUGAGGGGAGAGAUGCAGAAGGAGAGUCACUGGAAGGUUCCGUAAGGCACUAGCUGGAAAAGCAGCAGCAUAGCUUCCAGAUGCUAACUCCUUAGCAAGAAACUGGGCCUCAUUCUGAGCCACUACCAUCAAACUCUGAGCCACUGCAGCCUUUAAUGCCAUAUCUAAUAAAGCAGGCUCUGCUUUGCCCUCACACAUUGCUACUGCUAUACGACACUGUCACUCAAAUCCAUCAUGCUCAGCAUAGACUGGACUUAGUUAAACUAACUAAGCGGGACAGCUGAUCAUCCCUUUUGGGAUUUUCCAUUUCAUUGGUAAGAUCAGUUCUCUAUAUCUACCUUUUAAGGCCAGAACGUUUAAAACCCAUGAAUAAAAUAUAAAAUCAGCAACAUUAUAUUACCAAGUAACACCAAACUUUACAAUAUCCAUUUUUGACUUCUGAACUACCUCACCACAGGCAAAAUUAACAGUUAACUUAUCCAAAUCAUCAGUGGAAAGAUACAGAAUCUGAUUUGUCUUUUAACUGACAUAAAGCUCAUUUUAUGUUUAAUCUUCUCUAAAUGAAACCACCACAUUCAAGUAAUAAAUUUAACAUGUUUCCCGCAAACACCUAAAAUGAUGGUUAAUGUGUUUUUUAUAUAAUAAAGAUGGAGUAAAUCAGAUUCAGUUUAAGGGUGCUGGUGAUUUCAUACCUUUUCAAUAACAUAAAUCAGUUCUCCGUAUUAAAAAUGUACUUACAAUACUGCAAAAAUCACAUUUGGAUGGAAGCAAAAACUUAGGAGUUUAAGAGAACUUGUAUUUUCUAUACAAUGUAAAAAACGAGCCAAAAUGAAAUGUUUUUGUAUUGAA